CUUUUUUCUAAUUAAAGAUCCCAUUUUGAUUCUUUUCUUCAACUGCUUGAACCAGAAGAAAAAGAAUGGGGGAAUCAUCAGAUGAUAAUAGCAACACUGGUUUGUUUGAGCUCACCGGAAAGAUAAUGGUGGUUGCGAUUCUGCUCCUCUUCUUCGUAGUAGUCUUCGCCUUCUCCCUCCACAUCUACGCCAGGUGGUUCUGGCAGCGCCGCCAGGAGAGAUCAUCAUCGUCAGACACCACCACCACCACAACCAGGCGGCGCCGCCGCCUCAGUUUCGCCGCCGGACACCGAGAAAUUACAGUAAUUCUUCCCGCCGCCCGCCGCGGCCUGGAUCCGAGCGUCCUGAAGAGCAUACCGGUCGUCGUGUUCGACCCGAAGGAGUUCGAAAACGGGUUGGAGUGCGCCGUGUGCCUGUGCGAGGUUUCCGAAGGCGAAAAGGCUAGGGUUUUGCCCAAAUGCAGCCAUGGCUUCCACGCUGAAUGUAUCGACAUGUGGCUCCAUUCCCACUCCACUUGCCCUAUUUGCAGAAACCCUAUCUCCAAUCCCAAAUCCUCCGCCGCCGCCGCCGCCGGCGAAUCGGCGGCGUUGGGAGAGCAUUCUUCAAGCUCCUCCGUUAAUGGCGGAUAACAAUUCGAUUUCAAUUUCAAGUGCCAACACUUAUCCAACAGAAGCCCCAAAUUUCCCGACCAAUGUGUUGUUUUGGGCUUCUUCUUCUUCAUCAUCAUCAUCAGUGACGUCAUCAAUUGCGUCAUCAUUGAACAAUAACAAUAAUAAUAGGGCUGAUGGAAUAUUGGCAAUUGAUAUUCCAAGGCAAAUAAUCGAAGAAGAAGAAAACGAACCGAAAUCUCCGAUAUACACGAGGCUGAGAUCGCUAACGAGGCUAUUGAGCGGUAAUAAUCGAAAGGUUAAUCCUUCUUCUUCCAGUAGUCCAAGAAAUUUGGAUCCAGAACAAGGAGUUGUUAUUACAGGCUGAUUGAAUUUAUACAGCAUUGAAUUUCAAGUAUAUGAUGUUUUGUUGCAUAGAUUAGAUAUAUAUAUAGAGAUGUGUAUGUAUAGGUUUUGCUUCUCUGUUUUGAAGAAGAAAUUAACAUUCUCCCUUCUUCUCAUACAGAAGAGUUUUUACAUUAGAAAAAAAAAAGAAAAUGAUUUUCUAUUAC